UUUUACCAUAGGGAGCGUAAAUAUCGACCAAAGAUAUUAUUUUAAUAAUAAAUAGCCAAAAACUGUCUCUAUGAACUUAUAAUAUUAAAUAAUAUGAAUCAGAUAUUUCGUAUUUGUAUCUUUAAUCGAAAUAUUUAUAAAUCUUUCGAAAUAAGUAAAAGAUUCGCGGGACAUAGUAAAUGGCAAAAUGUAAAACAUAUAAAAUCAGAAAAUGAUAGUACAAGAGCUAUAUUAUUUUCACGAUUAAGAAAAAUGAUAAGAGAGGCUGCUUUGGAGGGUGGAAGUAUAAAACCAACUUUAAAUACUAAAUUAGCACGUGUUAUAGAAUAUUGUAAGAAGUUAAACAUGCCUGCAGCAACGAUAAAUAAUUUUCUUGAAAAACUUGCUAAUUCAAAAGAAGGAACUAAGGCUACUUUAAUAGAAAUUAAUGGGCCCAAAAAUUGUAUCAUGAUUUUAAAAAUUGUAUCACAUAAUAUGGCAGAUACAAAGACACGUCUUAAUACAAUAUUAAAAAAAAUCAAUGCUAAAGUUUCAGUAGGUGCAAUAAACAGUUCUUUUGAACAUAAUGGCAUUAUAAUAACCAACAAACAAUUUGAAUUGGAAAAGGCAAUGGAGGAUGCAAUAAAUGUUGGAGCUUCCGAUAUUGAGGAUAUAGAAGAUGAUGACAAAAAAUAUUAUAAGUUCAUAUGUGAGCCAGAACUUUUAUCAAAAAUAACAACCAAAUUAAAAAGUCUUGAUUAUCAGGUUAUUGAUAUAAGAGAUGAGUUAAUUCCACUAUUUGUUAUAAAAUUAAGUGAUGAUGACCUAAAAAUAGUCAAAUUAGCUCAAGAAAAACUUUUAUAUUUGGAUGAAAUAGAAGAAAUAUAUGAUAAUAUAGAUCAUGAUAAUUUUUGAAAUUAAACAUUA